CGUCAUGCUUUAAGGGUUAUUCAAUUAUCUAAAGUUUCAGCAUUUGUUUUUGAAAAUUUUGGAACCCAUUGAAAAUGAAGCUAACGCCGGAUGAGCGUGCGGCACUCGAAGGAAUAUGGUCCGAAGUGGCGAAGGACUUGCAAGGGAACUCUGUUGCAGUUUUCUUGAUGUUUUUCGCCGCAUACCCUGACUGUCAAAACAAGUAUAAAAAAUUUUGCUCCACUCCUUUGGAAGAAUUGCCCAACAACGAAAUUUUUCGAGCACACACAGUAAAAGCUGUGUCCGCCUUGGACUUUGCUAUAGCAAAUCUGGAUGACACGGCGACCAUAUCGGACGCCCUCAUUGACCUUGGUACCCUGCAUGGCAAACGAUUCGGGGUUACACUUAAUGAAUUUGUGGCCUUUAUUCGAAUAUUGGCUGAAUUGCUGGCUACUGCUUUACCUCACUUGUGGACAGAAACGGCAAAAAGCGCUUGGGGAAAGAUCUGUUGGUAUAUUGUGGAGAAAGUACGAAGAAGCUAAAGGGUGGGCUUAAAGUUUCUGAAAAAAAAUUAACUUCAAAACAUAAGUAGUCAAAACUUUUUAUUGCGUGUAUAGAAUAUUAUAAUUUUUUGUACGAUUAUUAACUAAUAUUUAGAGUGUCCGCCACCAGCUUCCAACAUUUGUUCAAUGCGUGAAUUGAAUGACUGUGCCAAAUUUUCCAAAACGGUAACCGGAAUGCUUUCCCACUCAUGUUGAAAUCUUCUGAAUAGCUCAGCGGUUGUGGUUGGAUAUGGCGGUUUGUACGCAGAAUCCUUAACAAUGGACCAUAAAUUCUCCAGAGGAUUCAAAUCUGGUGAAUUUCCGGGCCACACCCCUUUCCCCCACACUGUCAAAGGGAGCGCCUCCAAAACUUUGGUGGUCACUUUUGCAGUGUGUGCUGGUGCUCCAUCUUGCUGAAAGGUGACCUUCUGUUGUUGGGGGAAUAAAGUUGGGUCCUUCAUGGAUUUAAUGUAAAGUGGGAGGAUCUUGUCUUUGUAGUAUGCAGCGUUUACGGUACCUCCACUUAUCAUAUGCAGCUUUGUAACUCCUUGAGCACAGAAGCCACCAGCUACCAUAACUUUUAGACCAUGUUUUGGGGUCAAUAUUUUCGGGAUUUUUUUCGGAUCAGCUGUAUAGUAUCUUUGAUUUUGUCUGUUACCAGUUGGUGACACCUCCAGCCAGGUUUCAUCCGUAAAAAGAAUGUGAGAGCGUUUCUGCUGCGCCCGUCUGUCGUCACCCAAAUAUCCCGUUCUCUUGACUGUUUCGCCGAAUUUUAAUCGGUCCUGAAUAUUUUUUUGAGUCAGAAUCUGUUUCUUAGGUCUUUUGUAAGCCGUUUUGCCCCAUUUUUGCUUUUUUACGUAAUUUCGAACCGCAGCACGACUUAUUUUCUUCCCCUUCUUUUGAUACCUCGCCGACUCGUUCAGCUUCUUUAGUGUUUUCCUCACGGAUCCACCAAUUUUCUCCUUCAAAUUUCUUGUUAUUUGCGAUUUUGAAGUAGGGGAGAGUGCUGUGGGUCGGCCUGACCUUUUUUUGUCCACCACGGUACGGCGACCUUCCCACAGUUUGACCGUAUUGUAAGCAACUCCUAGUUUCCUCGAAAUUUGGGAGGCACCAUAUCCCUCGCUCAAUAGAGUUUGAAUCUGCACCCUUUUCUCUUCUCGACUCCUCAUAUUGUUGGACUACAAGGGGA